GUCUCUCGUCUCUCGUCUCUCGUCAUCUUCGUCAUUGCCAUCGCAUUAGGUACAUUCGCCGAUGAAGAGCAAGCUACGCUCGAAGUCGAUGCGCUGGUCAACGACGACGAAAACGAGCCCGUACGUCCGCUUGGCACGCCAUUGGCUGGGCAGUUUUUCGAACAGCCGCGACGGUCAACGCCAUCCAUUCCGCCAGGCUUCACUGCUCCAGCGGUGAGGGCUAUCGCUGGGGACGUUACUGUUCAAGGCUCGCGCACCGGCUCGCAUCCAAUGUCACGGACCGCUUCGUCUACGAUCAUACCCGCGAUACCCAUUGUGCCAGUCACUCCCGUGAAGUCGGAGGCGAGGACAAAGAAAGGGAAACAGGCCGUGAAAAGCGUCGAAGUGGAUGCCCCGGCUGCAAGUGCGAGUGUCGUGCCUGCGACACCGACCAGGGCGACUGUUAAAGGGAAUAAAUCACAAGACACGACGGAAGCUUCAAGUAAAGCGGCGGACACAUCGAAGAAGCCUGAGCCGAAGGAGAAGAAGGCACCAGAAACACCUGCGAAGGCUGCAACGAAAGCUAAAGCAAAGAAGGUUGAAAAGGCGGAGAAGUCGUCAGAAGAGAGUGCUUCGAAGCUUCCCCCCAAGGAUGUCACUGAUGCGAACACAACAGCGAAUGCCAAACGCCAUCCCGGGAAACUUGACAUUCCAGCUGCAAAGGUCGUCGAGAAGGAGCCGGUGCCUGCUACGACACCUGGCCACACCAAGAACGCGCGCAGCAUCCCUGCCAUGAAGAUUCCUUCGGUCCCCGCCAGCCCAGCUGUCGCAGCUGCGCCAUCCCCCAUCAAGCACACGGCUGCGCCUCGAACACUGCGCUUGGUGUCCACUCCAAAGGUAGAGACGCCCAAUGUGGCGCCGCCACCUCUUCCUCAGAUUCCCACCGUGGACAAGUUAAGAUCCAGACAAGCGAGCAUUGCAUCGUUGAACCAGCCCGGCACCCCUGCCAGCGAGCUGAUCUCCGACACAGCAUCAAUGACAUCGGGCAUGGUCUCCAGGGCAAGCUCCCCACCUCCCACCAUUGUCGGAUCCGCACCAGUCAGGAAGAUCACCAAAGCGCAGGCAAAGAAGAACAGGCAGGAGCGCAAGCGCACUGAAGAGGAGAAGGAGAAAGCGGAGGUGGGGUCUGACGUUGAGGUCGUCCAAGCACCCAUCAUUGGCCGCAAGAAGAAGGCCAAGAAGCCGAGUUCGACGCCCAAGCCAGUCGCUGCGAUGGCCUCGGCCAUGAAGGAGGCCGCCAGAAGCCAGCCGGCUUCGCCGAAGAGCGCGACCGUCGAGGAUGACCCGCUCGAAGCACCGGCCGUGGCAACGGUCAAGGCUCAGUCUGCGCACAACUCGGCGAGCGCGACGCCCGAACCUGAACCCCAGCACGAGGACGUGAAGGAGCGGCGCGAGCCAAGCGCGCAGUCGGUACUGAGCGACCUCCAGAAGAGCGGCGAGCUGCUCAUGUCGCAGCUCGAAUUCUUCAAACCGCUCUCGUCCAGCUACCUGCACUCUCUCCGCAACACCCCGUCCGGGCAAGUAACACUACCCCCGGAUCUCAAAGUUCACCUCUCGGAAGCUGAUCUCGACGCCCUCGCCGACAAAGACGCCGUCCGCCUCAAAGGCCAAGACGGCAAGCGCGACUCCUACACCCUCAUCACCCCCAACGGCAGAUUUCUCUGGGGCCUCACCGCCGAGCUCGAAGAGCGCGCACUCACCCUCGAGCACGAAAUCGAGAAACUCGCAAGCUACCUGCGCUUCCACCCCCCGCCGCGCGCGCCCCGCGCCCCCGCCCUCAAAGACGCCAAAUCCCCGUCCUCGGACCCCGCGCUCUUCGCCGCUGAGCCCCCCCUCCCGCCGCUCGACCACGGCCCGGCCCUCGCCACCCCCGCCGACGCCGCCGCCUACCUCAACCAGUUCGUGCUCCCCGCCACCGACUCCCCGCCGCCCGCCCACCCGCGCCCCGAAAUGGCAGCCGUCGGCGGCAUGCCCGCCGCCGGCACCGCGCUCGUCCAGGCCCCCCCUGGGCGCGGCGCGCACGCCGCGUGUCUCGAGAAAGCAGCGCGCAGCGUCGUGCUCGGCGGCCGCGGGGGCGAGGCUGAAAUCGAGGGCGUCGCCGUGGUGCGCGGCGGCGACAAGGGCGGCGUGUGGGUCAGUGGCGUCGAGGGGCUUGUUGGCGUUGGUGUCGGCGUGGGUGUCGGCGUGGAUGGCUGUGGCUCCGGGAGAGACAGGGCUGCAGGCAGGGAUCGCGCGAGGGAUGCGAGGGACGGCAGGGCGGUGUUGGGGCUUGAGGAGGCUGAGGCUGCGAUGGUGGGGGCGCGCAGGGAGCAGGAGGUGUUGGAGCGGAAGCUGGGCGCGCUGUUGAAGCGGAAUCGGAAGGUUGCGCGGUGCUGACGCUGGGGAAGAGGGGAGUUGUUGUUUUGAUAGGGUUGGGGUGUUGUGUGGAUAGGGAGUGCUGUUGUAUAGAUAGCGAGACUGUGUUGUACUGUACUGUACUGUACUGUACUCCACUGUACUCGUGGCACGAGACAGGCUGCUCUGCGCCGGGCACAGCGUGUUGUAGUAUACCUCGCCGGCCGCUAGUCGCUAGUCGUUGUUGUUGGAAAUAGGAUAUCCAUACCACGCACCAACUCACAAAAUUCAUACCACGCAGCGAUUUAUAACGCCAACUCAAACCACACUUCAUGGCACUACUUCAAUCCACGACUCAUAACACUCAUUCAAACCACAAUUCAUAACACUCCUUCUGACCAACC